AUGAGCGGUAAUUACAACUCCUCGUCCCUCCAACAGCAGGCGGCUCAGCAGCAAGCCGCCCAGCAGGCCCAGUUCUCCCAGCCCUACUCCUACUACAUGCUCAACCAGCCCCAGCUGAACCAGCCUUCACAACAAUCGCAGUCCGUGCAACAACACCCCUCACAGCUCCAGGACUCCUCCCAGCAGUCGACGCAAGCGGGUGCCAGCGCCUCGGUGGCAGAUCCAUCCUACGCCUAUCCACGUUACCCCACUGCGUCCUACGGAGCGCCUCCCAACUACUCGAUGUACCAACAGUCGGUACCCGACCAAUUGUCCCAGCCCCAACCACAGCACUACAGCCAGCUCACCAGCGGGGGCGCCGGAGGUGCCAGCGCGUCGGGAGGCAUGUACGCAGCGGCAGCAGCGGGAGCCGCCACGUCGUCGCACUCCACGCCUAUCCAAGACACCUUGAACACAUCCAGCAACUCGACUGUGGGCCAGUACCAGCCUCCAGGAAUCCGUCCGCGCGUGACCACCACCAUGUGGGAGGACGAGAAGACGCUCUGCUACCAGGUGGACGCCAACAACGUAUCGGUUGUGCGCAGAGCCGACAACAACAUGAUUAACGGUACCAAGCUUUUGAACGUGGCCCAGAUGACGCGGGGGCGCCGUGACGGCAUUUUGAAGUCGGAGAAAAUCAGACAUGUGGUCAAGAUCGGAUCCAUGCACUUGAAGGGGGUGUGGAUCCCCUUCGAGCGCGCGUUGGCCAUGGCCCAGCGCGAGGGCAUCGUCGACUUGUUGUACCCGUUGUUUGUGCGUGAUAUCAAGCGCGUCAUACAAACGGGUGUCACUCCCAGCGGCGGCAGCAGCGCCAAUGCUGCGGCCGGCGCCGACCCUGCGUCCAACCCCGGCUCCUCUGUGGUGCCUGCUGCUGCAGUAGCAGGUGCCGCAGGUGCCGCCCCCUCCAAGUCCUCGUCCACCCCCAUCCCCACCGUGCAGCCCAACGCCAACAGCUUCUACCAGCAGUACGGCCAGUACGCUCAACAAUACACCCCUCAGUUGAACGGCGCACCAUCGGCCGUCACCGGCUCCGGCCAGCAGAGCCCUUCCCAGCCCCAAAAGCCCCAGGCCGCUGCAUCCAACGACAACUUGCAGCAACAGCGCCAGUUGCAAUUCCAACAGGCCCAGGCCCAGGCCCAGGCCUCGCAACAACUGGGCAUACCGCAGCAGUCCCUGCAGCAGUCGCAACAAUUGCAGCAGUCCCAGCAGUCCCAGUUGUACGGAGGUUACCCACAGCAACAACAGCAGCCCUACUACGCCGCCUCCUCCACCACCUCCGGUGCCGCUCCCAACCAGUUCUACCAACCAUACAACCCCAACGCAGGCUACUCGGGCUACGGUGGCCAGCCUGGCUACUCCUACGUGUACCAGCAAGUUCCACACCAAGCACCAGGCCAACAGCAACAGCUGCAGCAACUGCAGCUGCCCCACCAGCAAGGCCAGCUUGGCUCGUCUGCUUCAUCUGCAGUCACAUCCGCCCAGGCAGGCUCAUCUAACGGCACGUUGGUGACCUCGGAAGAUGGCAACGCACCAGGCUCGUCCUCGGUGAAUAACGGCGUAAAGAAGGAGGAUAAGUAG